AUGUCUCUAGGCCAACAAAGUUUAAUAAAAGCUUUUCAAUAUUAUGCAUCAACUAGACCAAAGGAAAAAAUUCUUUUGGUCCCAAACGGAGAAGAAUAUGAAGAGAUUAACUUUCAAAAUUUCGAUUUUAUCAUUAAUAAAUACGCUAAUUAUUGGAAAAAGCAAUUAAAGAAUGAAAAUUUGAAGAAAAACAGCGUUAUUGGUUACUUAUCUCAAAGUGGACCUGAAUAUUUGUACAACAUUAUGGCCUUAUGGAAAUUAGGCUUUGUAAUUUUAUUACUUAGUCCUCGAAAUUCAGAAGCUGAUUUGGUUCAUUUACUUCAGGAAGCAAAAUCUCAUAUUUUAAUCCACAAUCUUCAACUUUCAAAAAUCUCCAAGAAUGUACAAAAUAAAAUGAAUUCUCAAUAUUCGCAAAAACUUAAAAUUUUUCAACUUUCUAAAAAUUUAAAGAAUGAAAAAAUCGAUCAUUCCGAACCUUUCUGGUUCAACUUCAUUUCCCAAAUUAAUAAACCUGAUGACAUUAUAUUAUCAACGGCUCCAUUAUUUCAUAUGUACGGAUUUAUUCGCGUAUUAACAUUUAUUUUAAAUCCUGGUUCAGUAUAUGUAUUUCCAAUAGUUGCAGGAUCGGUUCCUUUAAUAAAUGAAAUUUUACAUAGUUUAAAACAAUCCAAUGCUAGUGUUUUUUACACUUUACCUGCUAUUCUUGAACAAAUUCAUAAAAAUCAUUCAGAUGAAAUCAAAAUAUUAACGAAAUUAAGAUCUGUCUAUUAUGCUGGAGCAGCAUUAUUACCUCAUGUAGGUGAACAACUUAUAAAAUCAGGCGUCAAAAUUAUUUCUAAUUACGGAACGACUGAAGUAGGAGUUAUCAUGAGUUCACUUAAAGAUUCUUCUUCACCUGAAUUUUCUAAAAUUCCAUGGAAUGCAAUGAAAUUCUUAAUUCCGAAAAAUUAUUAUAAAUUAAUAGAAAGGAAUGAUAUUAUUGAUGGAGCGAAAGAAUUA